UAAUGGAAAUGUAAUCAUUCUACGUUCAUAGGGAAUUCGGUUUUUGGUAGAACAGCGCUAGCUGGAGGGAAUUAUUUGGAAUACUUUAUUCCACAAUCAAGUAGUGGACAUUCUAAAGACGUCUAGAUCGGCCAUACAUACAAUGCCGUAGCGUUUCACGGGGUUUCAUAGCGCCAUGCCCGUGGUUGCUCGUGAUUAAUGUUUCAUACUUGUAAGUUUAUUAGUUUAUCUUCUCGUGGUGCAAUCCGUUUAUUGAAAGGAAAACAUGUCAGAAGAGGGCACUGCUAAAACCAAUGCAAUUUCCGAAUCGUUGUCCUCAUCGUCCGAAGAUAUCGUGGAUACGAUACGCCCUACGGCUUUGAAUGUAGUCGCACAUUGCUAUCAUAGACCACUGUUCUACCGUAGCCAAUUGCACUGCCAUAGUGUGGAAUCCAAUGACGACGAGCUCGACGAUCAGGUUCAAGAUGAUUUAGAAUACUUAAGAUCCUUAGAUCCCAGGGAAUGGAAACAUCAGGAUCAUUACGCAGUUUUGGGUUUGAAGAAGUUAAGGAACAAGGCUACCAAGGAUGAUAUCAAGAGAGCUUACAAGCAGAAGAUUCUAAAACACCACCCGGAUAAGCGUAAGGCACUAGGAGAAGAAGUGAGGCAAGAUGAUGACUAUUUCACGUGCAUUACAAGGGCAUGGGAAACCCUUGGAAAUCCUGUAAAAAGACGAAGCUACGAUAGCGUCGAUCCCUAUUUCAAUGAUGAUCUUCCCGAUGAGAAAGAUGCUAAGAGUAACUUCUAUGAAGUAAUGGGCCGAGCGUUCGAAGAGAAUUCACGAUGGUCGGAAAAAACACCAGUACCCCAACUAGGUGGACCUGGCACUCCUAGAGAUAAAGUUGAAAAAUUUUAUUCAUUCUGGUAUGAUUUUGACUCAUGGCGAGAGUAUUCGUAUAUCGACGAAGAGGACAAGGAAAGCGGGCAAGACCGUGACACGCGUAAGUGGAUCGAGAAGAAGAAUAAAGCUGCACGAGCUAAACGAAAGAAGGAGGAAAUGACUCGAAUCCGGACACUAGUCGACAUGGCGUAUAAUCUGGAUCCUCGAAUAAAAAAGUUUCAGCAAGAUGAUAAAGACAAGAAGACUGCUGUUAAACGAGCCAAGCAAGAAGCUGCCAAGGCUCGACAACAAGAGGAAGAGCGUCUAGCUCGAGAAGUGGCCGAAAAGGAACGGCUAGACAAGGAGAAGCGCGAUCUGGAGGAGAAAGCAAGAAUGGAUGCCCUUAAACAGGAGAGAGAAGCACAAAAGAAAGCCUUACGUAAGGAGAGAAAGGCACUCAGGGAAUUGUGCAAGACUAAUAAUUACUACGCCGAAAGUCCAUCGGAAAACAUUAGACACAUGGAGAGCGUGGAAAAGAUCUGCGAGUUAUUCAAGUCGACUCAGCUAGAGGAUACUAUGCGUAGAUUGCAGUCGGAAGGUAGGCAAGCAUUCCUAGAUAUUAUAGCAGAGACCGAAAGAAAGAUGGCCGAGGAGCGCAAAGUUGCUACAACGAACAACGAAUCUCGCAACACAUCGGACAAACAGGUUAAGGCUUCUGCUCCGUGGACGGAGAGUGAUUUGCAAUUGUUAAUUAAGGCCGUUAAUCUAUUCCCUGCUGGAACUAAUCAACGUUGGGAAGUGGUGGCUAAUUUUAUCAAUCAACAUGGCAACUCUUCCAGCGGUGUAGUUCGCGAAGCGAAGGAGGUUUUGGCUAAAGCUAAAGAUCUGCAGUCAACCGACUUCAGUAAAUCUAGCAUGAAGGAGCAAGCUAAUAAGAAGGCCUUUGAUAACUUUAUUGCCGAGAAAAAGUCAAAGGAACCUGUCGAAGAAAGAAUGCCCGCUUUCACCGAACGCCUUGAUCAUCCAUUGUCGAACGGUACUGCCAGUGAUGCGAAGGAGGUUAAGAAAGAGCCGUGGACGCCGGCGGAACAAAAACUCCUUGAACAAGCACUUAAGACUUAUCCCACCACUCUUCCAGAUCGGUGGGACCAAAUAGCCAGUUGCAUUCCGACCAGAACAAAAAAGGAAUGCAUGAGAAGGUAUAAGGAAUUGGUCGAACUCGUCAAGGCGAAGAAAGCAGCUCAAGUGAUGAAAUAAUACCGACUCAGGUUUAAGUUUCAAUUUUUCUGGUAACUUAUUGAGUCGCGAUACUAAACGUGGGCAAAGUGUACGAAUUUUGGCCUAGGUUGGAAUUCUUGAUCUUGAUAUCGUUUGUUGAGUUUUAUCCGAGUACGAACUGAACAGCUGAUACAUGUACGCGUUUGACAUGUUUCUCAAUAAUCAAGCGUGUGCAAAUGUUUGUACACGUAGGAAAAGAAACUAAUUCCGGAUACCCAUCUAAAGUUGCCGUGGAAGGGAAUUUCAAUAAGUACUAUGAUGUCAGGACUAGUACUAAAGAAGAAGCGACCGGAAAGGUUACGUUGCAAAUUGCUGUGGAGAGAUCGAUAUCUCGCAAAUAAUUAAAGUACUCGAAUUUAGCGUAAUCGCUCAAGCAUUGUGCACCGAUAAUUUAUUGGGGCGUUGAAAAGCUUCCACUGGUGGUAGCGAUUGAAAGUGGAUCCACCUGCAUGUAUCGAGUGCGUGAUGCGAUAACCUUAAAACAUAAAAUAAGAAGCGAUAUGCUUGUUCGAAGCUGUGUACGUUCCUGCAGGUGUAUUUAAGGAUUUUCCUUGAACGAACUUUAGAUGGGACGAUGAAAGUCCAUUAGUGUAUAUGCCUGUGCACUUUCGUGCACUCCAGCACGGCCAAAGUAUUAAAAGAACGUCCUCAUUGUCCAUCUUUAUACAUCACACUUUUGGCAAUGCUCGUGCAGUUUCCCGAAGAACGCAAAGAAUUGGAAGAAGCCUUACGAUAUAAUUUCCUGACCGUGCUCCGAUGGUUGACUCGCAAGCCAUGUAAGUAAUGUAUUAUACAAGAAUUAUAGUACAAUGCAAGUAAAUAAAUUGUGACGGUGAUGC